CACACACACACACACACACACACACACACACACACACACACACUCUCUCUGAAAGCAGGAAAGUUCGCCGAGCAACUUCAACAAGACUUUCAGCUCUCGUACAGCACACGGGUUGCACUGCCACAAGUGAGGAUGUGAAUCAAGACGGCGGAUCGAUGCGCUUUACAGACAUUUACACAUUUGGAAGAGAAAUCAGGCGGAGGGAGAGAGUUUGCUGAGGUUGAUCGCGCAGCAUUGAUGGCGUUACACAUGUGAGCAAACGCACGAAAAGCGCUGAUGGCUUUGAAAUCAUGCUGUCUGUGAUUCUGAAGUCAUUACGCACGAAACUAUGAGCGAUCCGGAGGUAACAUCGAUCUCCAAGGCGCAGCAGCGGCUCUUGGCUGCGGCUCUGCCCGGGGAGGAGGGCGCUCUGCCCGGCAGCCUGUGCAGACCCGAGCGCUACGGUAUCUUCCUCGUACACUGCUUCAUCUGCGGUAGCGGAGUGACCCCGGGGAAAGAGCUGAGCUUACAAGUGAAAUACCAGCGAGAUAAGGACUGUCCGUUUUAUCCGUUCCUGCAGGGCCAAGAUCCAGCCCCGGGCGCGCUGGAUAUCGGUCCGGACGGGGACGCGCUAGUGUGCGCCGUGUGCCACUGCUUCCUGCGCGAACAGUGGAACUCCUUCGAGCGCAGCAGGACCCCCAUCGAGAAGCGCAUGUACUGGCUCAAGAGACCGUACCAGUGCGACUCACGGAACAUCUCCUACGAUCUGGAGCGGAGAAUGAGCGUCGGCAAUUAUGACGCCAAUGACUCGGACUUCUCCUCGUUGUCUGAUAAUGACAACAUUUCCGAGCGGGACUUGGAUCUAUCAGGGGGUAUUAUGAACAACAAUAAUUCAACGGGUUCCCGUGCAUCUAAAAAGGCGUCAAAAGAAGGCAGCGGGAAGAGCGCGGUGAGUGUCAAGAGCAGCCCCGAAUCAGUACGCUAUCCGGUUAGAGUUUAUGUGCCUCAAUCAGACCGGUGUGCGACUAAAAUCAUCAAUCACACAUCGCACUCAUCGGUGACACUCCAGCAGUAUGACAGCCCUUCUGUGCGCACACCUGUGCUGGAUAACGGCAUCGUCACGUGUAAUACGCAGUGGAUACACAAGUCCGCCGGUGACUCCGACGCCUCUGACAGCUGCGAGAUCAACAUCACCAGUGACGAUGACAGAGAAUGCGCAGCAUCAGCUCACCUGGAUGUAGAGAAGAGUCAAUCCAAACUCUCUGCUGACGAAUGUGCAUGUUAUAUUUGUGGAAGCAGGCUUUCUGCAGGGGGCCGUUUCAGGGUGUUUGUACAGAAGCAGGAGAGAGCUCCCGGUGAGCCCUUCUUUCCUUUUCUGUGGCUCCACACUCCUCCACCUGGUGCUGUGCCUCUCAGCCCAUGUGGAUACACACUGGUGUGUGCCAGCUGCCACUCCUCGCUCAUGCAGCAGUGGCAGGGCUUCGAGCUGGCAGAAGUGCCUGUGCUCCAGCGACUCUACGUAGUGCCCCUCAAUACAGAUGCUGCAACCCAUGAAUCUGGGGAUGGGCUACCCAAAAUCCAACCGCCCCCCUCCGUGACGCAGAAUAACAGGCAGUUCUGCUACCUGUGCGGGCAGGACUGCGGGCGAGAGAUCAGAGUGGCGUACACCCGUGCCAGUGCAAGUAAAGCACGCGGUGCAAUGUACUUUCCUUUCAUAAACCUGCUACCGUGCCCGCCGAAUGCACAAAGCGUGCGUAAUGGACGGGUACACUGCUGUGUGACUUGUCACAGCAUCCUGGAGGACGUCUGGGCGGAGUACUGCCUCUGUUUGAGUGAGGAGCUCAUUUCCUCUGUCAGUGCCUUCCUUGGGAGAUACCACCUGGCCAUGGGCAGAGGAGGAGUCUUGGCAUCCACCCCCAGUGGACCCCUGUCGACUCUUUCUCAAACUGCCACGACUAACCACACCUCCAUUUGUUACUUGUGUGGGGAGGAACUCUCUGGAGGAACUGAGUAUCAGCUUCACGUUAACCCUCCAGGGCGUUGUGGAGAGCGAGAGCCCUUCUUUCCCUUCCUAACCGUCCACCCUCCCGCCCCCCGUGCACGCCCUGCCGAUGCCACAGGCCUUGUGUCAGCUUGUGCGCUGUGUUACCAUGAUCUACUAGGCCAGUGGACCCAACAUGAGGGUCAGGGCUCAGGAACAGGCCCAUCCAGCAGCCCAUGGUCCCGUCAGUACAGCUGCAACACAUUUGUCUGCUUCUUCUGCAGGAAACAGAAGAAGAGGCCACUCGGGUUGAAAGCGGUGAGCGUUGCCCGCUUGCCUGUGUUCCUCUAUGCCCCGAGGGUCAGCCGGACCCUGGUGAUUGACAAUGGCAAGCAGCUAACCAUCGGCUCCUGCAUGGAAUGUAAGUCCAUGGUUCUGGCUGGGCAGAAAAUGAAGCCGGUUGGUGGAACGGCCAUCUCCAAACACAAGGGUUUGUCAGUGAAGGAGCCGCCUGGCAACAGUAAGGAGGCAGAAAGCAGACCAACAGAAGUCACUGCAGAAGAUGUGUCAGAGCAAGACCUAUCACCCCCCUGCAGCCUGAAAGUGGAAAAAGGGGAACGAUCCGUGUCCAGCAUGAGCCAUGAGCCAAAGUCACCAUCGUUAGGCAUGAUUUCCACGGCAACUCGCACCACGGCGACCGUCAGUCCCCUCACCCCAUCUCCUCUCAAUGGUUCAAUCGUGGCUAAUGGCAGUCCUGCAUCUCAGUCCGCACACUCCGGAUUCGCCGCUGCCCUCCGCAAGUUGGCCAAACAGGCUGAGGAACCCCGAGGAUCUUCCAUCAGCAACGAGUCGUCUCCCGUCUCGUCUCCGGCCACUAAUCACAGCUCCCCCGUCAGUACACCCAAGCGGGGGCCCAUGGGCCCAGUUAUAGUGCCUCCUGGGAACCACAGCGUCCCCAGUACCCCACCUGUGGUUACCAUCGCCCCCACCAAAACCGUUAAUGGCCUGUGGAGGAGCGAGAGCCGUCCAGUCCGAGAGACUGAGUCUGGUCCUCGUGGAGUUACCCGAGACAGGUUAAGUUCAGAGGCUCCUCCUACGCAAGAGAAGGGGUGUCCCACGGUCACGGCCCACAUGAUCGGGAACCCUUACACAUUCGGCCUGACACCUGCAUCUGUGAUACAGGACUCACGCUUUCAACCCCUUAAUCUGCCCCGUCAAAUGGCGCACAGCGUGCCCACAGCUGGUGUUCCUGAGGAGUAUCUGAGAGGGUUUCGUCCUUACGCCACAGCAGAGGAGCUCCGUAUGCCCUCAUUACCGCUGGGACUGGAUCCUGCCACUGCUGCAGCCGCUGCAGCCUAUUACCACCCCGGAUACCUGCCACACCCCUCCUUCGCACCAUACAGAAUGGACGAUCCGUUCUGUCUGUCAGCGCUGAGGUCUCCCUACUAUUCACUUCCUGCAGGGGGUGGUCUCACCCCUCUACACCCGUCUGCAGUACACAUGCACCUGCAAGGGGUUCGUUACCCUGGAGACCUGAGUCACCCUUCACUGUCCGGCCUGCAGUCCGAACGCCUAUCAGAGAGACUCCAGAUGGAGGACGAGCUGCGGCAGAGAGAGAGAGAGCGUGAGCGAGAGAAAGAGCGAGAACGAGAGGCCGAGCGAGAAAAAGAGCGUCAGCGAGAAAGGGAGAGAGAAAAAGAACUGGAGCGUGAGAGAGAGAGAGAACGGGAGCGAGAGAGGGAGAGGGAGAAAGAGAGAGAGCGCGAGAGAGAGAUAGAGCGGCAGAAGGAGCGGGCGGCGCGAGAGAAGGCCAUGGAGAGCCACUAUCUGGCGGAGCUUCAUGCAUUCAGAGGCCCUGCAGAUGACAGAGCCAAAUCUGCCGACAGAAUCACUGCGAACAGAGCUGAUAAAACCAAAGAGCCCCCCCUCUCCACUCCUAAACCCCUCCAGCCUGCUCUCCAUCACUCUCUAAACUCCACCCAUCACCCCAUGCCCAGCCUCGUCUCUGCCCACAGCAUGUAUCUGGGCCCUGGAGGGGCGGGGCCUGCCGUUCUCACAGCUGCCACCAUGCUGCAGCGCAAUAAUGAGGAAGAUCGCUGGUUGGCCCGGCAACGAAAGAUACGGCAAGAGAAAGAGGACAGGCAGUACCAGGUGUCCGAGUUUCGUCAGCAGGUAAUUGAGCAGCAUCUGGACCUUGGCAGACAGGGUGAUAUCACGGAGCUGCAGAUAGAGGGACACAGACCAGUACCAAACCAUCAUGAACUCAGCAGCAGAGAUCGAGAAAGAGACAGAGAUGCCCAUCUUCACCUAGGAGCUCCGCCCCCUCUCAUCUCCCCAAAACACCCACAUAGAGACAAUGGCCCUCCACCGCCCACCACGCUCUGGAACCCCGUGUCACUGAUCGAGACCUCCACUGACUCUAGACGCCCCCUGCAUGAACCUCUGGGCUUGGGUCACUACGAUAUGAGCCGACUCCCCCUGCCACCCUCCAAACAUGAGCGGCAUUUCAUCCCAGAGAGGCUGGAGGAGGGAUCCCGGAAACGGGAAGGUCUGGACAAAUACCCUCCCAUCAGGCCCAGUAGCUUUGGCGAACCGAACACUUUCCUCGCCGACCUGGAGAAAACCACACAGAGUUUUCUGAACCAGCAGAGAGCACCGUUGAGUCUGUCAGGUCCAUAUGGAGAGCUGAGCACAGGUCUGAAGCCCAGCGGGUCCUUUAAGAGCCUGCAGGGUUCGUCACGGGUCACUCAUGAUGCCAUGCUAGUGUACGAUGAGUUCCUGCAGCAGCACAGACGAGCCGUCAGCAAACUGGAUCUGGAGGAGAAGAGACGCAGAGAAGCCAGAGAGAAAGGUUAUUACUAUGAGCUGGAGGACUCUUACGAUGAGAGCGAUGAGGAGGAGGUGCGAGCUCAUCUUCGAAGAGUUGCAGAUCAACCACCACUCAAACUAGAUGAUUCCACUGAGAAGGUGGAGUUUCUGCGGAUGUUUGGCCUGACGACUAUGGCCCAUCGAGAGGAGAUGAUGGAGGUGAAGAGGAGGAAAAGGAGACGUAUGCUGAGAGAGAGGAGUCCCUCACCUCCUGCGGUCCAGAGCAAACGCUCCUCCAUUACACCCCUGAGCACACGAUUCACUGCAGAUGAUAUGAACAACAGCCCUGAACUAGAGGACAAGAAACGUUUCCUAAACAUCUUCAGCCUAAACCACAUCACACAGCAGCAGAGGAAAGAUAAUGAGAAGGUGGAGGAGUUGUUGCAGGCCAUUAAACAGAAGAGUGUGACCCUCGACAACAUCAGACACAACCCUCACCUGCCGUGCAGGAGCCCAGCCGCCCUGUUUUCAGAUCAGUCAUCUCAGUCCCAAAUCCAACCAGAUGAGCCUCUGAACGGAAGACCCCCCAGUACCUCCCUGUCUGUGUCUUUUGCUCCUCCUGCUGUGGACUCUCCCUCCAUCCCAGAUCAGCCCAGACCCCUCUCAGACCAUCUAAGACCUAAAGAGACUCCCCUGCCUGCAUCUGAUAAGAGCCGACCCAGCGACAGUGUCCCAGGCAAGAGCUCUAGUCUACUUAACAGUGUGCGACAACCCCUGUUCGCUAAAGAGAGCUCUGCUUGUGUGAACGGAAAGGCAAAGCCCUGGGAGAGCUUUAUAGCAGAAGAGUUUGCACAGCAGUUUCACGAGUCAGUGCUGCAGUCCACACAGAAAGCCCUGCACAAGAGCAAAGGUGCUGCACUGGUGAUGUCAGAACAGAACCACACAGUGGACUCAUCCGUACAUUAUAACAUUCCUGAGCUACAGAGCCUGCCGGGCCACUCCAAACUACAGCCGCACCUCGGUACUCAGCCCAAUGGACAGCACUGCCCCCCACUGCCACCCCACCACGAACUCUCCGCAGCGGAGGAGUCAGAGGAAGAGGAGGAGGAGGAAGAAGAUGAAAGUGAGGAAGAGGAGGUGUCUGCACCCAGAUGGCAGGGCAUUGAAGCCAUCUUUGACGCUUAUCAGGAGUACGCAGAAGAGCAAAGCAUUGAGCGUCAGGUUCUUCACAGUCAGUGUCGUCGUCUGGAGGCUCAUCAUUAUAAUCUCAGUCUCACAGCCGAACAGCUCUCGCACUCCAUGGGGGAGCUGAUGGCUCAGAAGCAGAAGCUGGCGGCUGAGAGAGAAAAGCUACAGGCCGAACUGGAGCACUUCAAGAAGUGCCUGACGCUGCCGCAGAGUCCCUGGUCCAGGGGUCACUUCAAGGGCUAUCCCAGGUGACACCCUACAGCCCUUUCAGAGAACCCCCCAAACCCCACCCAAACCCUCAAUGGAGAGAGAUGGUAAGGAACCGAAGAUCAUGCCACCCGCUGACCUCCCGUAUGACACCAUUCUAUGGGCAACAUCACACUUGACACGUGACCAAAACUCAUACAACCAUACAACCACGUCGCGGAGAGAGCAGACCACCAAUCACAACAUAGCUCUGCCCACCUGCCAUCUCUCCCCCUGUGGAGGUCACACCAAGAAAUGCACUUAAAGACAAACAAAACCCUGAAAACCGUCUGGAGGUACUGUGUGAUGACAGAUGACUCUUUUGAUCUAGGAAAAAAUUCACAUUUUUGUGAAGAAAAAAAAAUCUAAUAAAUAAAGGAAUUUUAUUGCAAGAUUUAGAAUAAAGUUUAAAAAAGGUGCUUCAGCAUUGUAUUGUAAAUAAUAUCAAAACAACAAAAAAGAAUUUUGUAUGUUUUUAAUGACUUAAAUCAUUGUUCUUUGAAAGAAAAAAAGAGCCUGCCAUUUUUUUAUAUAUAUAUAUUUGAAUGCUUUUGGGUGUUAAGAUAAAGGCUUUGAGUGUUUGUGCUACUGCUGGUCAGGAUAACCCUAUCAGGACACAUGAAGUGAUGACAUCACUUCCUCUUUGCCUGAACUACAGUAGCAAGAGCCCCAGGACCGCCAAUACCUUUUCCUCUUUACCUGCAAGGCCAUGCAUCUCUGAUGACAUACCCACCCAUAAAUAUGUCCCAGGACUUUCAUUUAUCACCUUUCACAUGAAGUUCUGGACUACUACACUUGAGUUCUUUUGUCAUGAAGUAUCAUGUAGCCACUUUUUGGAUUUCCUGCAUUAAGAGCGUUUUUAUUACAAUGUGAUGUUCAAAAGAAAUAUAUCUGUUAAGUGCACAAAACGGCCCAGUAAUGUUAUUGUGCAGAAGUAAUCAUUUGUUCGACAACUGUAGAUUUGAUGGAACAAAUCAUUUUUUGCCAUUUGACAAGUACUGUGCCAAAGUUGAAAGUUGAGGUGGCAUGCCAAAAAAUGUUUGAAACGAAACAAAAAAAGGAAUGUUGAUUAAGCUCAAGAUAGUGCUGUUGUCACAGCACAUCACAUGAAUUCAUUGGAAAAUUCCCAAAGCUCCUGCUCUGCCUGAAGACGUUCUUGUUUGCCAAGUUUCAUUUUUCUUUUAUUUCCAUUGGACAUUAACAUUAAAGUCUUACUGCCUGUAAUAUCUUUUAUUUACUGUCUUUUUAUGGUAUUCUGGUAGCUGAUGUAGAAUCUGGGAAUGAAACAUCUGUUUGUUUUCCUGGCACUUAACCGCCCCCAUAAUCACGUGUGCUGUAUGUAUUUCAUGUUUCUUCCACGACAUACAGCAUGCUGUUAUAGACUGACCACAUGCACAUAUUGAUCUGAAUUCACCGUGAUAGCGCAACAUUAAAAACAUAGAAAUGUCUCAAAUGCAUCUUUUUAAAGCUCAGGUGAGGAGUUUGGUUGCACUGUCAGUGGCGUGCCAUCAGUUUACUGGCUGUUCACGCAUCUUAUGCCAUGCUAUUGCACGGUGGCUUGAUAUUUACACAUCUGAGGCUGGCCCUAAACAAUAGCAGCGUGUGUGUGUGUGUGUGUGUGUGUGUGUGUGUGUGUGCGCCGGCUUCAUGAAGCACUACCACUGCCUGACCAGAGUGGGCACAAACCUGCCCACCUUACACACACACACACACUCCCCCAAACUCAAUGGAGGAUUUUAGAUGCUGUGAAAUCAUGUUUUUCUUUUUUCUUUUUUUAUGUACUUGUUUGAAUUCACUGUAAUGUAAUAUAUUCUUUGUUGUGUGUAGUAAUUAGGUAUUUAUGAAUAUAUUGCUGUAAUU